AUCGCGACUAUUUAUUUAUAAAUGAUCACCUCACUUGGAAUUUAUUUGCACGACAUAAAUGAAGAGAGAUUUGUAGAGUUCAUUGAAAAAGAGUUGAGCUACUUUGGAAAGCAAAGAUCGUCUAAUGCAGUGCUUCUUUUUCCAAGUUUAUCAGCAAGAUAUAGAUUUCUAAUACAUAAAAUCGUCGAUAAAUUUUCUGCUUUUGAAAGUUAUUCGAUUGGUUCAGACCCAUGGCGACGACCCGUAGUUUACUUUAGAGCAAAGCAAAGUCCAGCAUCCAUGAAUAGUUCUGAAGGAACACAACAAGAUUGUCGACAAUUUCUACUCCAAAGUGGGGGGAGAGGGGAAAAAGAGGAAGGUGAAAGUGGAAGCUCUCCUUCAAAUCAAAGGCCAACUCAAGCACUUUAUACCCCUGGUGCUUUUAGGAAACAAAGAAAAAAUGUAAAAGAUAGCAGUUCGAAGUCAGCUUUUGGUGAUGGGAUUUCUAGAGCAGACAAAACAACAGAACAUAUUGGUGAUGAUGUCCUAGGCAAGAAAACAAAACAUGCGGGUAUAGACCAGAAAACAGAACAUGCUGUUGAUGAUGAUAUUAAAUCAUUUGAAAUAAUUGAGGAAAAAAAUAAAACAUUAGGUCCAGUUAAGAAUGACAAAAUCAAAUUAGAUAAAGAUACAUUAGCAAACAUCUCAAAAGUUGAAGGAGAUGUCCUGGAGGCAAGCGAUGAAAGACUCAGAACUAAUGCAAGCAACGAAAUUGAGGAAGAAAGAAAGAUUGAGGAAGAAAGAAAUAUUGAGGCUACCAUAGACAACAAGACUGAUAAUGAAAGUAAAGAUGAACAAAAAAAUGGUUUUGAUGUUCAUAAAAACAAUGUUAAUGUUGAUAAAAAUUUUGAUGAAAUGAAAUGCUCCAUUGAUAAAGAUGAAAGUUUAGAAACAUGUGAUAAGGCAUCUCAAUUGGACGUAUCUGAAAAUGAGUUGAUUCCACAGAAAAAUGAAAACAUUCAUGAUGAUGAUGAUGACUAUAAAUUACUGGUCAAUGAAUGUCGCUCGACGGCUAAAACAAAACGUCAACAAAAGAAAGAAGGCAAAUUGAAGAAAAAACAAGGAAAAUUGAAGAAGAAACAGUCAAAAUUGAAGAAAGAAGAGAAAUAUGCAACAAUCAGUAACGAUGUUUCAAAUGUAGACGAUGAAGCAUUAAACGAAAGGAAAAAUGAAUUACCUUCGUAUGAUAGGACGAAAGAAAGUCUGGAUAACACUAGGGAUGAUGACGUUAAUGACAAGGACGGAUCAGAUGAGGAAGACUGGGACAGAGUAUGGAAUGAAGAUGGAGAAUGUUUAGAUAAAGAAAUGCUUGCGGAGCUCAACAAACAAAUUGACACAACUGAUGUCGAGAUAAUCCCCACGCAGUUUGAUUACCUGUCGUUUAAACCGAAUGACGUCAUUCUUGAAGAAGACGUCUUUGAUCACGUGUUGGAAAUCUACGACUUUUCUCCAGAAUUGGAGACGCACCAUCUCAUGAAUGCUUUGUCAAAUUUACAGAAGCAAGAGGUUUCCAUAAAAUGGGUGGACGAUACACAUGCGUUGGCGGUGUUUUCAAGUUCCGCGACAGCAUUGCAAGCGUUGAAUCAAUUUGUAAAUCCUUUGCUGAAACUUCGUCCCUUACACCAUGGAACUGAACAAUCAAAACGCAAAGCUAGGAGAAACACAGAGUUUCUUCGUCCUUAUAAAGAAAGACCAAAGACGACGAAUUUGGUCGCGAACCGUUUGGUAACGGGGGCACUUGGCAUGAAGACAAAAAUGACAAAAGAAGAAAGACAUCUUGAAAGAGAGAAAAUAAAAUUCGAACGAGAUAAAAAGAUAAACAAGGAAAAACAGAGAAGGGAUUUAUGGGAAAGAGACGAUAUUUAAAUUACAUUUUUUACAUGUUAAUAUGCGUAUUUUUAUCUAUUUUUAAUUACAAAAUGUAAAUGAAAACUUCAUGCUAGAAAAGGAUUUGUUGAUAGCUAAA